GUGGGUGGAGAGAUAUUGCUUCGGCUUUGUUUGUUCCUGCUUGCCAAGUUGCCUCAUUGUUUGGUGUGUUUAUAGUGCGGCUCCUGUUACUGUGAAGAUUACGUACAAUACAGAUCACUGCAUUUGUCAGUAAAGGAGAAACAUUAUAAGAAUAUCUGACAAAUUCAGUUGCUGAACAAGACAAUGUCUGACAAGACCGAGACCCAAACCUCAGAGCUUCCUGAUGCACAUGGAGGGCGUCUAGAGGAAAACCCGGGCACUGGGCUAUUAAAUGUGAAGGAAGAGGAUGAGACAGAUGACAUGAAUAGUCAUCAGACUGAAAUACAGUGCUCCCUCCCUGCCGAUGAAGAUAACGCUGAUAUAGUGAAAAUUGAGAUAACAGAAGAUCUGUGUGUGAGACAACAGCUAGAAGCACCAGAUGAGGAAACCAGUGACAAUAUCAGCCCAGGGGAUGUUAAGGCUGAAGUCACACUUAAUGCUGAACAGACUUAUGAUCUGGAAGCUCUAAAGCAGGAAAUCAGUGACAAUAUCAGUACAGGUGAUGUUAAGACUGAAGUCACACUUAAUGCUGAACAAACAAAUGAUCUGUAUGUAAAGAGUGAGCAGGAAGCUGUGAAGCAGGAAAUCAGUGACAAUAUCAGUACAGGUGAAGUUAAAACUGAAGUCACACCUAAUGCUGAACAAACAAAUGAUCUGUAUGUAAAGAGUCAGCAGGAAGCUGUGAAGCAGGAAAUCAGUGACAAUCUCAGUACAGGCUGUAUGGACAUGACACAUUCAGAGGGCUCAGCGGUUGAGCACGGAGGAGAACCGUAUGUGUGUGAUCACCUGAAGACUGAGGAGGAUGAAGUUCCUAUAACGGCUACAGGUGAAUUUACUAACUGCAGUAAUCCCAGUCAUGGUAAAAGUACAAAUACUGCUUUCAGUCUUCUUCAGAAUCAAAGAAGCAAUGUGGACAAUUUAUGUUCUGAAUAUGGGACAUCAAAGCAUUUAAGACAGAAAUUUCAUACAGGACAUAUUGCUUUUUCAUGUACUCAAAGUGGGAAAGGUUUUACUGAUGAAUCGUGUCUUAUUACGCAUGAGAAAAUUCAUACAGGAGAGAAAGCUUUUUCAUGUUCUAAAUGUGGGAAAUGUUUUACCAUGAGAUCAAGUCUCAUUCGACAUCAGAAAAUUCAUACAGGAGAGAAAGCAUUUUCAUGUUCUGAAUGUGGGAAAUGUUUUACUUGGAAUUCAAGUCUUAUUACACAUGAGAAAAUUCAUACAGGAGAGAAAGCUUUUUCAUGUUCUAAAUGUGGGAAAUGUUUUACCAUGAGAUCAAGUCUUAUUAGACAUCAGAAAAUUCAUACAGGAGAGAAAGCAUUUUUAUGUUCUGAAUGUGGAAAAUGUUUUGCUCAGAAAUCAAAUCUUGUUGAACAUGAGAAAAUUCAUACAGGAGAGAAAGCUUUUUCAUGUUCUGAAUGUGGGAAAUGUUUUACUUGGAAAUCAAGUCUUCUUAUGCAUCAAAAAUAUCAUACAGGAGAUAAAGUUUUUUCAUGUUCUAAAUGUGGGAAAUGUUUUACUGGGAAAUUAUCUCUUAUUACUCAUCAGAAAAUUCAUACAGGUGAGAAAGCAUUUUCAUGUUCUGAAUGUGGGAAAUGUUUUACCAUGAGAUCAAGUCUUAUUACUCAUCAGAAAAUUCAUAUAGGAGAGAAAGCAUUUUCAUGUUCUGAAUGUGGGAAAUGUUUUACUUGGAAAUCAAAUCUUGUUAAACAUGAGAAAAUGCAUACAGGAGAGAAAGCAUUUUCAUGUUCUGAAUGUGGGAAAUGUUUUGCUCUGAAGUCAAAUCUUAUUAAACAUGAGAAAAUUCAUACAGGAGAGAAAGCAUUUUCAUGUUCUGAAUGUGGAAAAUGUUUCACUUGGAAACUGUCUCUUAUUGCUCAUCAGAAAAUCCAUACGGGAGAGAAGGCAUUUUCAUGUUCUGAAUGUGGGAAAUUUUUUGCUCAGAAAUCAAAUCUUGUUAAACAUGAGAAAAUUCAUACAGGAGAAAAAGCAUUUUCAUGUUCUGAAUGUGGGAAAUGUUUUGCUCUUAAAUCAAAUCUUGUUAAACAUGAGAAAAUUCAUACAGGAGAGAAAGCAUUUUCAUGUUCUGAAUGUGGGAAAUGUUUCACUUGGAAAUCAAGUCUUAUUAUACAUCAAAAAAUUCAUACAGGAGAGAAAGUUUAUUCAUGUUCUAAAUGUGGGAAAUGUUUUACUGGGAAAUUAUCUUUUAUUACUCAUCAGAAAAUUCAUACAGGAGAGAAAGCAUUUUCAUGUUCUGAAUGUGGGAAAUGUUUUGUCCUGAAAUUAAAUCUUUUUAAACAUGAGAAAAUGCAUACAGGAGAGAAAGCAUUUGCGUGUUCUGAAUGUGGGAAAUGUUUUGCUCAGAAAUCAUUUCUUAUUGAUCAUCAGAAAAUUCAUACAGGAGAAAAAGCCUAAAUGUAAAAAAAAAAUUCAAUUAAUGUAAGUGGGACCGAUCUAUCUCUGUAUUCAUGCCAUUGGUUAGCAGUUGUAUUAGGAUGAAAAAUUGCUUUUCAAUAAUAAUUCUUUAUAUCCAAA